AAGAAAGUGCACGUCGUCAAAAUCAUUCAUUGAUUGGCUACGUCUGAUCCUGUGCACUAGUAGUAAUGGAGAACAAAUCCUCUUCGGGGUAAAAUCGGAAUUAAGUGCUGUCGAUAUCAAGUCACCAACUGCGCAAGAUUUAUCAGUGUUGGGCUUUCUAUUUAGUAUGUCUUCUGAUUCGGGGUCCCAGACUCCUGGCUCCAAGGGGAUCAUGACCUUUCACCCCACUGCUGAGGAGUUCCAGAACUUCAGCCGCUACAUUGCCUACAUGGAGUACCAGGGAGCACACCAAGCCGGCCUGGCUAAAGUCGUGCCACCAAAGGAUUGGAAGCCCAGGAAGUCCUAUGACGAUAUAGAUGAUCUGGUGAUCCCGGCUCCCAUCCAGCAGGUAAUGACGGGCCAGUCAGGCCUGUUCACCCAGUACAACAUCCAGAAGAAGCCCAUGACCGUCCGAGAAUUCCGUAAGACGGCCAACAGUGACAAGUUCUGCAGUCCUCGCUACGCCAACUUUGAGGAGCUGGAGAGGAAGUACUGGAAGAAGGUGACCAAUAACCCGCCCAUCUACGGUGCAGAUGUGAACGGAACACUUUACGACCCUGAUGUGACUGAUUGGAACAUCGGCAAACUGAAUACCAUCCUGGACACGGUGGAGCAUGCGAAUGGCAUCACCAUCGAGGGGGUGAACACACCCUACCUGUACUUUGGCAUGUGGAAGACCACUUUCGCCUGGCACACUGAAGACAUGGAUCUCUACAGUAUCAACUACCUCCACUUUGGAGCGCCCAAGUCCUGGUACUGUGUUCCUCCAGAGCAGGGGAAAAAAAUGGAACGCUUGGCUCAAGGAUUUUUUCCUGGUAGCCACCAAAAUUGCGAAGCCUUCCUGAGGCACAAGAUGACCCUCAUCUCACCCUCCAUAUUAAGGAAAUAUGGAAUUCCAUUUGAGAAGAUCACUCAGGAGCCCGGUGAGUUCAUGGUGACAUUUCCCUAUAGUUACCACGCCGGAUUCAACCAUGGCUUCAACUGUGCCGAGUCCACCAACUUUGCCACCGAAAGGUGGAUUGAGUAUGGAAAGCAAGCCAUGCUGUGUACGUGCAGGAAGGACAUGGUGAAGAUCUCCAUGGAUCUGUUUGUGAAGAACUACCAGCCGGACCGCUACGAGCAGUGGCUCGCGGGGCGGGACACAGGCCCCAUCGACCACUCACGGCCCACCCCAGAGGCCAAGGAGUUCCUGGGGGAGGAGCAGGGGAAGGACUGCAUUUCCAAGGAGCCCUAUGGAGCGGAGCUCAACACACAGGUGGAGCGAAAGAGCCCAACACCGAGGAUAGGGACCAAGAGGCACUGGGUGUGUCUGGAUGUACCUGACAAGGUGGUCCCUAAAGAUGAAGAAGAAGAGGAGUAUGAAAAGAAGGCCAGACUAGGCCUCACCACGCUGGACACGGGAGCAGAGGACUGCACAGAUACAGGUACCUUCACUGACAACACACCAGUGAAGCUCACCCCGAGGGAACUGCCUAAUUUAAAGACGGACCCUACGAAGGGCAACAGCAGUACAAGCCCGGCUCCACAAAAAGUCACCAUCCCCUCCACCAGCAAUCACGCAGCGACCAUUUUGGCUCAACCCCAGUCGCACAGAAACGGCCACCUCCCAGUAGUGGCUCCCCCGGCCAGGACCGGUCCUUCCGCUCAGCCUGUCCGAAAGCUGGGGGUGGCCAGCCUCCUCUUCCACAAGACCCAGAGCCCCAAGGAGAACCUGCAGGUCCACAGCUACGCCCGUGAGAACCAGCAGCCGAUUCACCACACCCAGCUCCACGUGCACAGUUACGCCAGGGAGCAUCUGCCACGGCACCUCCAACCCCACCUUCAACUCAAGGCCCAGCUCCAGUCCCAAGUCAAAGCCGGGCAGCAGGAGUCCCAGGUCCCAUUCACCAAAGAUGAGCAUAUCCAGGCCGAAGCACAGAGUCCCAGUAAGGGAGAACAGGUUGAAACCAAGGCCCAGACCCAAGGCCUCAGUAAGUGGCAGCAGCCAGGCGAGGCCCAGGCUCGGGAGGAGAAGUCUGAAGCUAAGGCCCCUAGCAGCCCGGAGCCUGUCCAGACCCACGCACACACCAGGCCAACCAAGAGGGCAGAGGUCAGGAGGGACAGUUGGAAGCGAUGUCUUUCCCCCGUGCAGGCGGAGUUAACUUUAAUCAAGCAGACAAACUUCAACUUAAGUAAGCCGAUGAUUUUACAUCCAAGUAAACUGACUAACUCAAGUCCAAGUAAGCAGACGGACGGCAAGCGCGUGAAGAGCAAACAAUGUCCUCUCCUCCGCCAGCUGCCCAAACAGCACCCACUCCUCAGCUCCAGUGAAAGCCACAGUGAUGAUGAUGAGCUGUAUGUGGAUAUGAAGGAUGAACCAGAGGAGAUGGAGGAGUGGGCCAAGCCCCUGGCCCAGCUGUGGCAGAGCCGACCUUACAACCCCCAGGCGGAGAGAUCGUACAACCAGCGCAUGGGCCUGCAGGCCCCCUACUGCUCCAUCUGCCUGCUCUUCCACACAUACGACCAGUCGCAGUCUAGCAGCAACCCCAGCUACACUGUAAAAGGCCGGCGCGGGGGCAGACAGAGGUCCAAGCCCCUGAUCCCGGAGAUGUGUUUCAGCACCACCAAUGACAAGACCAACAGCAGCAGCGCCCAGGGCCAACUCUACACCCCUCACCUGGAGGAGGACGGCACCAGCCUGCUGGUCAGCUGUUCCCAGUGCUGCGUCCGCAUCCACGCCAGUUGCUAUGGAGUGUCUGUUGACCAAGUGUCAGACGAUUGGAUGUGUGCCCGCUGUGAAGCCAACGCUUUGACUGAGGACUGCUGCCUGUGUUCACUGCGAGGGGGAGCUCUACAGAGAGCCAACAAUGACAAGUGGGUGCACGUGCUGUGUUCACUCGUGGUCCUGGAGGCGCGCUUCGUGAACAUCGCCGAACGCAGUCCCGUGGACCUCAGUUACAUCCCUCUUGCCAGGUUCCAGCUGAAGUGUUUCUACUGUAAGCGGCGGGUGAAGAGGGAUGUUGGCUGCUGUGUUCAGUGUUCCCAUGGCCGCUGCACCACUGCCUUCCACCCCACCUGCGCCCAGGCGGCUGGCCAGCUCAUGCAGCCUGAUGACUGGCCCUUCAUCGUCCACGUCACCUGCUACAGGCACAAGUCACCCGUCCUACCAGAGCGUAAUAAGGCGGCCAUGCAAGAGCUUGAGGUCGGCCAGCAGGUUAUCUGUAAGCAUAAAAAUGGGCGCUACUACCAGUGUGAGGUGCUGGAGCUGACCACCGCCACCUUCUACGAGGUCGUCUUCGACGACGGCUCCUACAGCGACAACCUCUUCCCUGAGGACAUUGAGAACCGGGACUGCGUCAAGCUGGGCCCGCCAGCAGUGGGCGACGUGGUGCAGGUGCGCUGGACGGACAAUCUGCUGUACGGGGCCAAGUUUGUCGCAUCGCACUCCAUCCUUAUGUACCAGAUGGAGUUUGAGGACGGGUCGUCGUUGUCUGCCAAGAGGGAAGAUGUCUACAGUCUAGACGAGGAGCUGCCCAAACGAGUCAAGUCCCGAAUGUCCAAGGCGUCAGACAUGCGCUUCGACGGGAUAUUCACAGAGAAGGAGGUCAAGCAGGGCUCCAAGAGACAGCGAGUCAUCAACUCCCGUUACAGAGAGGACUACAUCGAGCCUCUCCUAUACAGAGUUAUGAUGGAGUAACCCUCCUCUACUUUAUGAACUCACCACACACCCAGAGAGGGGGGCAUCUUUGGGGCACCCACAGCCUGGACAAGUGGCUCCAAACCUGGGUACUAUUAGGAACAAACUCCCUCUCUGGGUGUGUAAGGCUUCCAUGCCCCUGGGGCAUUUUUUUAAACCACGGCUGGGAUUUUAGGGGAGUUUUGGUUCUUUAUGAAACUCCCGUAUUUCUGUGAAUUGUUUCUUCUUCCUCCUUCACUGUCUGUUAAUGACAAUAGGAACCAUCAAUGAAUUAAGGUGGAAUAGGAACAUGCUGGGCAUUUGUUUUGCGUUGCAUUAUAUCAUCUGACAACUUGCUGAGUCGGCAUUCUAACCUCUAGCAUUACCCAUCCAAAAGCAUUAAUUUGACAUUUUUACAUAAGAUGGUAUUUCAUAGUGCAGGUCAUAAUUCAAUACGAUUUUCAAUAACAUGCUGUUAACUGAUUACAAAAAAUCUGAAGUGCUUUGCAAUACAUUUUAUGGACUUCAUAUUAUCUCCAAUAGGAAUGUGCAGGUUUGAUUGUGUUUACUGUGACAGUAGGAGGAUGAUCGAAGUUAGCAGGCCAAGCCUUAAGGGCAGUGUUUUCUUGUUGGGUUCAGUUUAGCUAUACAACUUUAAAGCUUUGGAUUUAUUGCAUUUACAUUUGUCAGUUGUGCAUGUUUGAGGACAACUGUUUUACCACAGCUCACUGCACUUACAAUCUCCAAAAAAUCCCCAAGAUGUAUUUAUGUGGAUAGGUGUUUAUGUGCACAUUUGUUCUCGUUUCUUGAAUUGUUUAAAAAAUAUAUAUUGCCAUCCCAUGUUGAA